UGGGCGCGCGGGGGGGGGUGGGGGGCUGAUGGCGGACGGUGGCGGCGCGGAGGCCGGGCCCGGGCCCGGGGGGAGAGGUCCAGCGCGAGGCCGCGGCUCCGACAAGUGGGUGCGGCUGAACGUGGGCGGAACCCGCUUCCUGAGCACCCGCCAGACCCUGGGCCGCGACCCCAGGUCCUUCCUUUACCGACUGUGUCAGGCCCAGCCCGACCUGGACUCCGACAAGGAUGAAACUGGUGCCUAUCUCAUUGACCGAGACCCCACCUACUUCGGGCCAGUGCUCAACUACCUGAGACAUGGGAAGCUGGUCAUUAACAAAGACUUAGCAGAGGAAGGUGUGCUGGAGGAGGCUGAGUUUUACAAUAUCACGUCACUAAUAAAACUGGUGAAAGACCGGAUAAGAGAGCGAGACAGCAAAACGACACAGAUCCCAGUGAAGCACGUGUACAGAGUCCUGCAGUGUCAGGAGGAGGAGCUCACCCAGAUGGUGUCCACCAUGUCUGACGGCUGGAAGUUUGAGCAGCUGGUCAGUAUAGGCACCCCGUAUGGCUAUGGCCGGGACCAUCAGUCAGAGUUUCUGCUGAUUGUGUCGCGGGAGGUGAAGGGGGAGGAGAGCAGUUUCCACACCAGCAGCAGCGAGCUGGUCAGUAUCGGCUCCUCCUAUAACUAUGGCAAUGAAGAUCAGGCCGAGUUCCUGUGCGUGGUGUCUAGGGAGCUGCACAACGCCCCAUACGGCAACAACACUGAGCCCAGCGAGAAAGCCAAGAUUUUGCAAGAACGAGGCUCACGGAUGUGAAGACUGUUUGUUUGCCGUCGACCCGACCCCGAGACAAGUUUUAAGUUAUUUUUUUACUUUGUGGGAGAGCGAGCGCCUGGGAGCCCUGACAGAGGCCAGCUGGCCAUACAGCAGCGGGAAAACCUCUCGCAACAGAUCUAACAACUCCGGGCUCCUUUUAAAUUUUGCCGAGUGAGCAAGUGCUGAGACUAUGUUUCCUCACUGCUGCUCAGCAGUUCAUGAGAGGUUUAGAACUCAGGACUGAGUUAGUCGGACAGUUAGGUGUGUGUUUGUGUCUGCACUAACAGGCGCGCCUCAGUCACAGGAACCAGGGCCACAGCUUGCUGUAUUUUUACUCCACCUGUACUCUGGAAAUAGCCUGACUACAUUUUUUUACAACCAAAACCAGACGGACUCAAAUGCAUACAUACCUAUGUGGAACUUUCUCUCUCUCUCUCUCUCUCUCAGUAGUUUUGGUUUGGAUAACUCUCGAGCACGGUGGUGGGUUUCCUUGCACGCGUCUUAGACACCCGACUGACCAAAACUUCUUAUUAUUAUUAAAACUGAUUUACUUGCUGGUAUAUUAUACAUAAACACUGGAAGCAAAUUGUCGUGUAUAAUCCUAGUUUUAGUAUCGAGAGACAAGAGUGGGCGCCGUUCUCUAUCAGACUCAACCCAUGCUUCCCAACAGAGUUAGUGAGUGUCACAAUUAUAAUAUCUGUAGGUAAAUGACUGGCUUCGUGCUAGGAAGGAAGUAGGUUUUAAGUUUUUUUUAAACACAGCCCUCGGUGCUCGCUCUGUCACUUUUUCUACAUUAAAUAAAGUGAGAUUAGAUUUCCUGCCCUUUAUUAGGGGCAACUUGUGGUUGCCAAGGGCCCAGAGAUCUUCUGAGUGUGAGAGCAGGGCUUCCUAAAGGGCUUUAACCAUAGAGGCACUGAGACGGUUUGUGUUAGGGUGUGGGGUGGGGGGAGGUGGGCGCAGUGGGUUUAAAAUCAUUUA